AAGUCGCUCUGGAUAAGAGCAUCUGCUAAAUGACUCAAAUGAAAAUGUAAAUAUAGGACAGAGUUCCUGCCUUGUGGUCCAGAUACACCCCUAUUCUGGAGGACUAAUGGCCUGACACUACAGUCUUUAUAUUGCUGUGUCUGAACCAGUAACUCUGCUUAUUGCACUCUAAACUCGAGGACUUGUCAUUGUUUCCCAAUCCAGAGUCUAUACUUGACCUGCUGAUGUCUUGAGACUGAUGGAAGAACACCUUUACCACUCCACUCAACCUCCCAGUAAUGUCCAGACAGAGUCUCUCACACACCACCUGCCGGGCUAAAACAAAUCUCUCUGGUUGAUCUUGCUGUUCAGCAGUCACUUUGUUCAGCCCUCACUGAGAGGUUUUUUGCAUGCUGUGUUUGAGUCCAAAGUGAGCUGACAGAAAUCAGGAAGAAGAGAAGGUCAAAGUUCUAAAGUUGUAAAGGGCAAAGUUGCAGAUGCCCUGUCUUUGAAUCAGUGAAGAGAAAUUGCAGUUAGCUGGAGACUCUUUCCAAAUAAAACCAAAUGUGCAACCAAAAAGGUUUUUAUAUGACCUGAAAGGGUUCUGGAACAUUUCAGUGGGCCUUCUAGAUGAUUCCAAAGAAACACAUUCCAGCCCUCUUUCAUUAACCAAAAGCAUUUCCAGUUUAAUAAUAGGGUAGUAUGUCACCGUGAGAUAAUAUUCAGACAACAAUGAAAAAAUAUGACGUAUUUCUUCUUAAUCCCGCGGUGAAGCACUGGGGUUUCGUUUCGUUUUACGCUACUCCCACUCAUCACCGUGUCGAAAGUCAGCAGGCUACACAGUAUUUCAUAAUCGGGGCUAUCUCUUAUCAUGUUAUUACAACGUCAGCAAACAUAUUUUCGAUGCAAAGUCCACGUGUAGCCUACAGUAAGACUACGAAAACAUUUCAUCAUCAGUGAUGUUGUCAUGCAUUUUCGAUCUGCUUCAGAUGAUAUUCAUGAUGUCACACAGCCUGAGGCUCAAAUCAAAGUGUAUUUGUCAUGUGCGCCGAAUUCAACAGGUAAAAAAGGUAUUAGGUGAACAAAAGGUACGGAAAGUGAAACAGGUAUUGGCUUCACCCUAUUCGUUUUGAGAAACUAUAAAGGUCGCAUUCCUACAGGUAAUAUGGUAUACCUAAACAUUAGUAACAAGACAGUUACAUUUCACAUAGAUAAGCCUAUUUUGUAUUUCAAAUAUAUACUUUUUUUGCUCCACGUCUCGUUUCCAUUACCAACAUGCAUAGGCCUACGACGUCUUUGCUUAUUUGUUUGUUUCUAACCCUGUGCAAUGGUUUGUCGAUGGGCUGUAGAUGGAUGGAUGAUCACAAAUUCAUACAACACAGUGAGACCUUAUUGAAAUUACUCAAUAUUAUGGGUGGGGAGUUUACUACAGACAGUGUGGACGUACCUUUCCCAGAGGACCUGUACACACAAGCUCAAGAUUUACCAACUAAUGAUACAAUUUGGUUCAUCCUCCAAACCCUUGAGAAGAUCGAUGAGCUGUUUGAUGGGGAACUAGACUCCGUCUGGGAUGAGAAGAAAGUGGAGAACUUCCUCAAUGUUCUCACCAGUCAGUCUGAUGGCCUUCAGUCAUGUGUUACGGCCCAGAAAAAAAAUAGCAAGAAUCUGCAAAUGUACUUCAAGAGGCUGAACAACCAUGUCCUUAAAAGAAUGGCAUACAGUGCUCAUGCAUGGGAGCUGGUCAGGAAAGAGGUUAGGACACAUCUGAGGAGGCUGGUUCUUCUGGGUUCAGCUACAGAAAACAGCAUCUAAACUCAGAGCAACGCAAUAAUUAUGUUCACAAUUUAUCGUCACGUAUGAGUGACAUGUAUUUCGCUUGUUUUUUUAUUUAUAUUUAUUGAUUCCACAUAAAUGUGUUUUUUUAAAUCUGGUUUUAAAUCUAUUUAUUUGUGGGGGUAUUUAUUAACUUUUAUUUAUUCUGUUGGGAUGAUUGCUGGAUACAUUUUUAUACACAGAAUUACUGUAGAUGUAUGCUUUUACGUGCUACUUCAUUAAAUGCAUUUUUGACUACAUA